AUGUCACUUAUUAGCUCCGGCCACGUCGAUCAGGCCGCCAUCAUCAGCGCCGCUGGUGACAGCACCUGGGCUGUGUCUCCCGGCUUCACUGUGAGCGCCGAUGAGAUGAAGUCCAUCGCCGCCCUCUUCACCCUCGCCGACGCUUGCAGUCUCCACGUUGGCGGUCAGCGCUACAUUGUCUUUAGGGGCGAAGAUCGUUCCGUCUACGGUCGUCAGGGCAAGACCGGUAUCGUCAUCGCCAAGACGAAACAGGCCAUCCUCAUCGCCCACCACGACGAGAACACUCAGGCCGGCAACGCAGCAGCGACCGUCGAGGCGCUCGCCGAUUACCUCGUCGAGCUUGACUACUAAGUCAGUUUCAUCUUGGAGGUAAUAGUUGGGGGGGAGGGGGGGACGAGAUGUUACGAACUCAAGCGACACAAGGGCUGACCAAGCCAUCGGGACCCGACUGCUCAUUCGCAGUAACCAGUGUAACCCUCAGAAGGGUAGGCAUCGGCCUAAAAGACGCAUGCAGAGGCUCACUGACGCACGGGCUCACGGUGAGCAGGGCUCACAGUGAGCAACAACACCAGUGAGCCAUCACCACACUAUAGGGGUUCACGCUCGCGUGAACAGCCAGAAACAGAUAUCUUGCAAUAGGGCGAGGAGGUAUAAAGGGACGACUGGAGAACUCAGAUUGUCAGAUAAUUCGACAGUAGUCAAUUGAUCAUUAUCACCGAGA